ACUCAGUGAGGUAAGUGCCGGAGGCAUCCUGAGAUGAGUUUUAUACAGACUGUUCCUUCGGGGCUGAGGAGUGUCCGAGUCGAGCAAGGAAGCAUCCAAGAUAAGGCAUUGAACUGCAGGGAAAGGAGAAGGAAACACAGGAAAAAAUAUGCAUUCAGGAGCAGAUGAAAUGACCAGGCAGAGGAUGUUGCAGGCCAAAGCUUUGUCUCAGGAGGCCCGAGGAGGUCUAAACUUGGGGAAGAAGAUCAGCGUUCCAAAAGACGUGAUGUUUGAAGAGCUCAACCUUUCGUCCAAUCGAGGCUCCCGGAUGUUUCAGGAGCGACAGAGGAGAGCCGAAAAAUUCACACUAGAGAACGUGACCAACGGACCUCACAACAGCAACGUUCAUCUUGAGCUCAGCCCCCCCCAGCAGACAGUUCCCGUGGCGCAGGGAGGAAAAGAGAACCAGGCUUUCUCCAUCCCCGGUAAGCACAGCCUGGUCAUGAACCUUCAGAAGACAGUAGCAAAGAAGGGCAGUCCUGAUGUCCUGGCUCCAGGCUACUCUGGACCCCUAAAGGAAAUUCCACAUGAGAAGUUCAACACAACAGUAAUCCCCAAAUCCUACUGCUCCCCGUGGAGGGAAGCUUUGGGAGACAACGAAGAGCUUCUGAACACCCUCAAUACCCAGCUGCCACAACCGCCACAAAGACUACAGCCCGCCAACUACAGGAGCUUCAACAGAACUCCGAUGCCAUUUGGAGGCACAAUGGCCAGCAAGAGAGUCAUCCCAGUUAUUGCCUUUGAGGCUGUGGAGUCCCAGAACCUUCCUGCCGUCGCUCUGGACCGCAUGUGCAGACGGCCAAACUUCAACAGAGCACCAAGAGGAUGGGGAAUCGACUACAGCCCUGAAUCUAACGAGCUAUGAGGGGGACUUUAUGAGACAAAACCUAAAGCAAGAACCUCUCUCCUUUCAAAGACGAUCCCUCUGUUGGUUGUAAACAGAGAGAAGUUGAAAAAAAAAGUAACACUCUAGCGUAAUAGUGGUUUGCUACCUAUGAGUGUUGUGAGGAUACUGAUGGGCCGAGUCACGGGUUUACAGUGCCUUGCAGAAAUAUUCAUCUUUAACGGGAAAUGGUUGUAAAAACAAAGUCCCAUGAGCCCUGAUCAACCAGUCAUCUGGAAAUGAAAAGUGCCAAAAACCUAACAAGACAGGGUUGUCCCCUUAAACUGACGGGGAAAUAGCCAAGGUAGAUUGAUAGUAUUGGAGCACAACUAUUGCAAAGGAUAAUUAACCUUACUGGUCCCUGCAAACAUAUAUUUUAAUUGAAAUUUGACUUCAGCAUUUAACCUAUCAUAUCUCUGAUAGAUCAGUGGGCCGCUUGGAGCUGCCUGAGGAGCACCCUGGGGCUAGGGGUCUUGCUCAGGAACCAAGCACUCUGUUCUAACCACCACUCACAUAUUGGUCAUUAACUGCACCAUUCUGGCGUUAAUGGGACAGCAGGAAAGAACCAGAACACAGGAAAUGUGUUAGGAUGCUCUUGUGUAAUUAGACAUGGAAAAUUUUUUCGCAUUCAAAAUACUAUUUUUGACAUAAAGCUUAUGACAUCCUGAACUCAGCAUCCCAAUGCAAAGGCAUGGAGAUGGGAACUACAUGUCAGACGUAAAGCUACUUAGCUUUAGGCAGUCUGUCUAAAUCUAGUUGAGAAUCUGUUGCAAAUCAUGAGCAUUGUGGGUCUGCAGGCAGCAGGCCUUUAGUCUGACUAAACUUGACCAUUGAGCUAACAUUUCCAUAUCUAAAUGGACAAAGCUGGUAGAGGUGAACCUCAAAUGACUUGAAGCUGUAAGAGGAGGUUCCAUAAAGCAAUAACUCAGGGUGGCUGUGCACCAAUGAAUGCCUCAUUUCAAUAUUUGUUUAAAAGAAGAGGUUGGAAAAAGAUUCAAUUACUUCCCCCUCAAUAAUUUAAACAGCUUUACAUAUCACAUAAAAUCUAAUUACAAAAGUCAUGGCUGUAACAAAAAAGAAGCUCAAGGGGAAUGAAUACUUAUGCAAGGUACUGUAUUUAUUGCUCCCUACAUGUCCCAUUGAAACCUCUGUCCUCUUGUUUUUACUUUGUGGAUUUCAUUCUUCUCUAAAAUGAACCUUUACAGAAUAUGCAGUAAAAACAUACAAGAUAAUCAAUGACAAGGGUUUCAUUUUAAUGAGGUG